AGCUAGAGUUGGGUAAGAUGGGGGCACCCGGGCUGGGUCGCUCUGCCUGGUCAUGGGCGGGUUCCCUCAGGCACGUGUCGCUGGUUUAUGACCAGCGGUCGUCCACCUUUAUGGUACCCGCCCUACGGCGGCGGGGAGGAGUCCGACGUCGGCCGCAGGUACCGUCUGCGAGUCAGUGCGCGAGCCUGCUGUCGCAGUCACGGCGACAGAUGCCCAUGCUGUCCGCCGAUCAUCUUGACCAGUCUUCGAUUUUGGAGGCUUUUGGAGACGCUUGUAGAGGCUGGGUUGGGACAGUGACGUUUGAGCUAGGAGGCGAGAGCGGACGAUGCGGGGAGAGUGAUAGAAUGAUGAGGUGUGAGGAUCAGUGCUAGCCAAGGUGCCUCCACGGGGGAGGAACCGCUGCAGCCCGCUGCUCUGAGUGCUGAACUCACAGGGCAAGGAAGGGAAAAUGGCAGGACAGCCACCCAGGGAGGGUUCCACCUGAGAAGGACUUUGACACUGCGCGAAAGACAAGUUCUGUGUACAGCAGCCAGCUGCAACCGCUUCGAAGAGAGGAGGUGCUUGGUUUACCAGUUUACCAGUCUCUUUCCUCUCUUCUGAGACCCCUCAGUGGUCAUCCUUAGUUCAUUCGAAGGAGCGCUCACUGUGCUCAUUUUAUUAGCUCUGCAAUAAUUUUUAUUUUCCAUUACACAUGAUAAGUAUCUUCUUUACAUACAUGUAAAGAGAGAAAUGCAUUCUCCUUGCUGAUUUUAAAGUAAUAGCUAAAAUGUCACAGUUAAUAUGUACACCAAUAUUAUCUUGAUUUAGGUUCUGUGCCGUUGAAGAAGCCAGGGCUUGUGAUGCUGCCGAGAGGCAUCUCUUUGUAAAACUAUCCCACUGCUUAGUUUAAGUGGUUACUACUGUAUUAUUGAUGGAUUAAUCUUGUAUUAAGUGUAAAGUAGAGACAGCUCCCAAAAACUAACAGUAUAUUAUUUUGAAUUUUAGAAUAGUUGCUCCUAGAGGAAGCUUAGCAAUAGUAAGCUUAGAUGCCAGCUUAGAUGUCACUAGGAAGCACCGUGCAGUACACUGUGUGUGCUGGUCGUCACAUGUAUGAGGGAUAGCUGAAAUCCAGAGAGUUUGAGAAAUAAUCUUGUCUAGGAGCUACCCUGAUGAAAUCAUUGUAGUAGGUUUUAGUUAACUGCAAACUCGUACCAUCAUCAGUAUUGGUGGAGGUUGCUGAUUUUAACAGAAGUACCUCUGGUCACAGGAAACAAGAUUCUGUUUUAUGAAGAAGAUGAAAACAACUGGGUUACUAUUAAAAAACACCCAAGAGCAUACUACAGACCAAUGAGUAGAAUCAACAAGAACGUGGUCUUGGCCCUUUUGACACUGACAAGUUCUGCAUUUCUGCUGUUUCAGCUGUACUACUACAAGUACUAUUUGUCAGCAAGGAAUGGAAUGGGUUCAUCAAAAUCCAAAGGAAGUCGAGUUGGAUUUGAUAGCACACAGUGGCGUGCAGUUAAGAAAUUUAUUAUGCUGACAUCCAGCCAAAAUGUGCCAGUGUUCCUUAUUGACCCUUGGAUUCUGGAAUCAGUUAAUAAAAACUUGGAACAAGUGAAAAAUACUUCUCAAGGCCUGGCUUCAGAAUGCAGAUUUCUCUGUGUCCCGAGAGACUUUACUGCAUUUGCUCUGCAGUAUCACCUGUGGAAGAGUGAGGAUGGCUGGUUUCGGAUAGCUGAGAAUAUGGGGUUUCAGUGCCUAAAGAUUGAAAGCAAAGAUCCUCGGUUAGAUGGAAUAGACUCGCUUUCUGGAACUGAAAUUCCUCUGCACUAUGUCUGUAAGCUGGCUACUCAUGCCAUCCACUUGGUAGUCUUUCAUGAGAGGAGUGGCAACUACCUCUGGCAUGGUCACCUACGACUCAAAGGACACAUGGAUAGGAAGUUUGUUCCUUUUCGAAAGUUACAGUUUGGUCGUUAUCCUGGAGCCUUUGACAGGCCAGAGUUACAUCAAGUUACUAUUGAUGGACUAGAUAUACUUAUUCCAAAAGACCCAGGGCGCUUUCUAGAAGAAGUACCUCAUUCUAGAUUUAUCGAGUGCAGGUAUAAAGAAGCUCGGGCAUUUCUUCAGCAGUACGUUGAUGAUAACACUGUGGAUGCUAUGGCCUUUCGGAAGAGGGCAAAGGAGUUACUGCAACUAGCAGCCAAGACACUGAAGGAAUUGGGAGUGCCCUUCUGGCUGAGCAGUGGGACUUGUCUAGGAUGGUACCGGCAGUGCAGUAUUAUUCCAUAUAGCAAAGAUGUCGACCUAGGGAUUUUUAUACAAGAUUACAAACCUGAUAUUAUUUUGGCAUUUCAGGAUGCAGGACUUCCACUCAAACACAAGUUUGGGAAGGUGGAAGACAGCUUGGAACUUUCCUUCCAGGGAAAAGAUGAUGUCAAACUUGAUAUAUUUUUCUUCUAUGAAGAGACUGACCAUAUGUGGAAUGGAGGCACGCAGGCCAGAACAGGAAAAAAGUUUAAGUAUCUGUUUCCCAAGUUUACACUGUGCUGGACUGAGUUUGUAGACAUAAAAGUCCACGUUCCCUGUGAAACAGUUGACUACAUUGAAGCCAACUAUGGUAAGACCUGGAAGAUUCCUGUCAAGACAUGGGACUGGAAGAGCUCACCCCCAAAUGUACAGCCCAAUGGGAUCUGGCCCAUUUCUGAGUGGGAUGAGGUUAUCCAGUUGUACUGAGAACACUGAGCUCAGGUGGGACAUUUCCCAGAAGAAAGAAGGCGGGUAACUGUUUAAAACACUACUGGUUUUUUGCCUGAUGUGAGAGCCAAAGAAGAAAAAUGACAAGCUGGAAGACAGACAAGGUUUUCUGACUCAUGGGCCUUCUAAUUAGUUCUGCCAUUCAGCAUUUACUGAGGAGUUCACACCAGGUGAAAUACUAGGAUCUGGUAAACAGGCAGAGAUGUGUGAGCAAAUGCCAGCCUCUCUCUUGUCCUGUUGAUAAGCACUACAGUUUUGUUUUGAGGGAAACUUACUCACCCUCUGAAGAGCUGGUGUACAAUAUGAUGUAUUCCAUAAUGAUUUUACAAUGUUAAUUAAAAUUUAUACCAGAAAGUGAGCUCAUCAGAUGAGGCUUACAAAGGAUUAGUUAAGAAUAAUUCAUUCCUGUCUGUCCUCGAGAUUUAAGCUGCUGCGUUGGUGCUGCUUUUAAGGUUGUGGAAUAUGAGUGAAUAUUCCAGUGAUUAGACUUUGUCUCACAGAGACAAAGAGAGAUGGUGGUGAACUCAUUUUACAAGCAGUGCGAUACACAGUUGGCUUCAAGCACAGGCCGUUGAGUAAGGAAAGAUGAGAACCCAUGUCAGCUCUUGUCUAGACAUACACUGUUUUCAUAUUUGAAGUGAACAGUGGAUGGAUGCUUAGAUGAUGCUGGAAUCUCGGGCAUCAUAGGAAUAUUUUCACUGCCCUGCAGUAGUACUCGCUGAUAAAUCAUUCAGUCAUGCUAUCUGAAAGUUGUAACAUCUCAAAGCUUACGUUCCUUAUUUCAUUUUCAGUCACUCUUAGAUUUAAAAGUGGAAGUUAUUCAUGAAUAUUUUUAUAUUUUAUGAAUGUAUAACUUUUCUGCCCUUAAUUUUAAUAUUGACACUAAAUACUAAUAGACAUACUUCUAAAUUUUUCAAAGACACCCUUUAUUUAUUUAUCAACCAUAGCUCCAUAUAUUUAAUUUAUGGCCUACACACUAAUUUAUUUAGCAUAAAGAUAUGAUUGUUCUUCUAUUCCAAUAUUACUUCAAGUUUCCAAAAUGGAGGGUUAAUGUGAACCUGGAAACUAUUUCUUUUUCCAGAUCACAAUCUUUAAAGCCUGUGUCCAUCUCUAGAUUUUCAUUCUGCUGAGUGUCAGAGGGCAAGGACUUCCUACUGCCAAGUACUGCACAUGUGGGACCCCUUGACUUACACAUGUAGGUUGGGGUGGCUGCACUUAAGCCAUUCACUCUCAGUGAGAGAUGCAGGGAGUCUGACACUGAAUGCCUGUCUUCCUUGCCUGGGACAGGGGGGUCUCUACUCCCUGCUGCUUAGGGAUGUGCUUCAUGGCAGCCUUGCAGAUUUCCCUUUGAAAGUCUAAUUACCAAAAUGGAAACCAGAAUAUCUGAGAGAAUGGGCUGGCAGAAAGAAAAAAGAAAAAGAAAAACUGAGAGGAAGUAACUUGAAGCCACCUGCUUCCAAAUUUUAACUUCACCAUGAAAACUGUCUUUGUUGGGUGACAACCAACAGUCUGUGAGGAUGCAGCCUCCAUGUAGGAAUACUGUUGCCAUAAGCAGCUAAUCAGAUUGUUAUAAUUAUUAGCAAACUUGGAUCCUAAUGACAGAUCAUAAAUCAGUUCUUUCCUAGAAAAUAAGUCCAGAGAAUAUGUACCCAAGUUUUAGAUUGCCAACCCUAUGUAUUUUUAUGCAUCAAAACAAAACAGAUAAUGGUGUUCUUGAGGACAAACCCACCCUAUCUGGAGAGGAUCAUUUGCUUGAACUCAAUAUCUAGAAGUAAGUAUGUUUACAUCAUGUUCCUUGAAAGCUCCCACCUUCUGCCAGGAGAUCUUACCCACCCUUGUUCAAGUUACUUUUCUCAUAUCUAUCAUUGGAGUGCAAGGUCUGCGAGUAUUCAGAAUACAAACUCUCUUGGUCCUGCGCAUAGAGGUUCUGUGGUCUUCCCUCCAUUGAGGAUGGGUAAACUUGUCUUCCCUCUGGUUUGGCUUUAGGUUUUAGGUUCUGCCCUACCUUGGAGAAAAUUUCCCAGAAUUUGUAGGUGAGGUUUGCCUCUGAAAAUGACUCCGCGAUUCAGUCAUACUGAAGCCAGUGCUGCUUAACCUUUGAAUUCUGCUGAGUGUCCUGAGACCUUGGGUCAGGUGUGCCCACCACCUGACCCUUUUCAGCUGACACUUUUCUUCCCUCCCUGAAUAUGCUGUUAUUCUCCUAAUAUGACUACUUUCUGGUCCAUUAGCCUGGUUUGCUUGAAGAUACCUUUUAUAUUAACGUGUUGGUAGUUAUGUUGCCAAGGGUAUUUCCAGAGAGACCCUGAGAAGCAGAUGCUCUCUCAGUUUACAACAGUCAGCUACUUUCCUAAGCAUGGUGAAUUUGCCCUGCUCUUGACGACAGUUAUUGACAUUGGCCACUGAGAUUAAAUAAUAGUAACUAAAGCUGGGCAUCCCUAAGAGUAGCUGAGAUCAGUUACUGAGAUCAGUGUGGCCUCCAUGACACUUCAGUGCUUGAUGAGUUCUCCAGGCCCUCAGGGCCAUGUGCUUCAGGAUGUUCCUGCCAUUCCCCACAGAAGGCCUGAGGUGACAAUGCUGAGGAGGGAUAGUUCUUCUUGUCCAGAAUUCUCAGGCUACCUUCUUACCUUUAUUGGAGGGUGGG